AUGACAAGUACACUAGAGUCAUGGAACAACUCAUUAUUGACAUUGGAUUCAAAUUUAACAACAAUGAUUACAUUUACCGAUGUAACAACUCCGAAAAAACUUACUGCUGUUCAGCAAAUUAUUCUGACGCUUGUGUUUAUGUUUGGAAUAGUCGGCAAUAUUUCAGCUUUGAUUAUACUUUUUUAUAAAGACAAGAGGAGAAAUCAUAAACAUUUGUUGAUGCUGCGAUGCCUGGCCUUUAAUGAUCUAAUCGCUCUUUUGGGCCAAUUGGUUCAAAUGUACGUAGCGACUUACGCACCUUUAAUUGCAACCCAAAAAUAUUUUUGCGCGUUAAGAAUACUUUGGCGCACUUUCGGGCUUUUUAGCGGCGGAGUUGCGAUUGUUAUGGCUGUUGAGAGAUGGCUAGCUUUGGCGCGUCCGUUUGUUUAUCAGAAGCACGUGACUUAUCCAAGGAUUGUACAUUUUAUGAUAAUAUUUUGGAUAGCUGCGUUAACAGUGACGAGUUUACCACUAUUUGGAUUUGGAUUAUAUUAUGAUAAUGGGCAGUGUGUUCGUUAUCGUGAGGCCAAAAUGCCAGUAGAUAUUGCCUAUGCGUAUCUAUCUUUUUCUUUUGGAACUUGUCUAUGCUUCUCUAUAGUUUGGUUUAAUUUAGCGGUAGCUAAAGUACUAGGUAAAUUUCGCCAGAAAAAUAAACUAUUGAGAAGAUGUUCACGUGCAGCCUCCCACAAUAAAGCAUUUUCAUCUUCAAAAACUUUUACGCUGGGAGAAGUUGGUUCUACGUGUGAAGAACGAGCAUUUGCUAGAUUGAUGACUGUUCUUUCUACAUCAUUUGUAAUUUGCUGGAUGCCUCACAUGAUUACAAUACCCGUAGCUCAAUAUUACUUGAGUUUAAAAGAGACCACGACUGUAAUAAAAAAGAGUAUUAAAAUAUUUUUCCAAAUAGCCGAUGUACUACUUGGUGUCCAUUUUACCCUGGAUCCAUAUUUUUACGUACUGCUGCGUAUGCCGAAGAAUAAAUUUUCACUAUUGAAACACUUGUGCAGAAUUUGUUGGCCGGCUCGAAGUCGUUCAAGCUCUUCGAACCAUCAUGAUCACAGUGGUGAAGAUCCUCCGACACCAAUUACUGAAGUGCCACUUACUUCAAUUAUCGCGGAACAUCAAGAUUUAUUGCACUUAAAUACGCUUCCACUGUAA